AUGCGAUGGAUCAUAUGUGAUAUACAAAACUUGUGGUUAUCUGGUCGACGGAAAGCCACACCCGCAGAUGUGAGCGAUGGACUGGCCCACGAAGAUGGGUUCGUUUAUACAUGGAAACCAUGGGAAUCCAUUUAUGCAAUGACGAGAGUUGGUAAAGAACCGAACGCGCCUCAGUACAAUCCAUAUGGGAAAUAUUUUGUCAAAUUGUUUUGGAUGGGAUGUUGGAGGAAGUUUGUGGUGGAUGAUGUCAUCCCGUUUGGUAGCGAUAACUUGAUACUAAUGCCAAGAAGUCGACACACACAUGAACUGUGGCCAAUGUUGCUGACGAAGGCGUUGCUCAAAAUUGCCGCACUCGAGAACCAAUCAUCCGAAUUGCUUUGGGACUAUUUGGAACGAUAUGUGCCUGCUUGGCAAAAGCCCGGUGACGAAGUACCGAUUAACGAAAUGAAAUCAGGAGAGACGGAUCAAAAGCCGCACGAAGUGGCGGACAAGUUGACACCGAACGACCCGAAAGGAAUGGUCAAAGAAAAGGGGAAAGACAAAAAGUGCACCCUACUCUUCGCAUAUCGUGAGGCUCGUCGCGGCGCAAAGCGUCAGAACUAUGACUCCGUUCGUCAGUGGCUGUUUGCCGGUGUGGAUCCUAGCACCAGUGUUGUCCUGUUAGAAGAUUUGGCUGCGGUGCUCGGUGUCCUUGUGGCCGGUUCAGCAAUGAGUAUCACCGCACUGACCGGUCAUCCUCUGCCCGAUGCAAUUGGUGCGAUCGGAGUAAGCGGGAUCCUAGCUGCCGUGGCCGCGUUGAUCAUUCACACGAACACGGAAAUGCUUAUCGGGCGGGCCAUUCCUCCCGAGAAGCAGGAAGCAAUCAUGCGAUUGAUUGAGAACGCGAAAAUUAUCCGCGGCACAUACGAUAUUAAGGCUACCAUGAUGGGCGGUGAAGAAAUGCGUUUUAAAGCGGAGGUGGAUAUUGACGGACGCGAACUGACCAAACGCUAUCUUGAAACAUUACCAUUAGAUGCGUUACUGCAGGUUAGUGUAUCAUUUUGGUUGUUUAGAUACACCUACAUUGCGAAAUGCCACUAA